GUUUGUGUUAGGAUUAUCUCUCAGACUGGCAUAAGUACAAAAUGAUCUAUCUCGUUGUACUGGUAUCUCUUUCGACCAUUACCAGCAGUGAAAUUUCGUCUGCAAGUUCACAUGGGACCUUUGGCAGGGAUUUCUUUGUAGGAAUCCUCGGACCAUGGCAAAUAAUUCGCAGUGGAAAUGCCACGCUGCAAAUUACAUCAGAAAACACUACGGACACUGUAAAUAUACAUGUUCCGUAUCUAGGGAUAAAUACCAGAAGAAGAUUUGUUGGACAUUUCGAGUUCAGCAUACCAAAUUUAAUUAUACACGGUACAAAUAAUACUGUUUAUCACCGGGGCAUUCACGUAACAACUGAUAUUGAUGUGUCACUUGUAGUUAUAACAUCUCAUAACAGUGAUUGGAACGAGGCACGUGAAUCAUAUUUAAUUAUUCCGAAGUCUAUGAUAUCAAGUUCUUACAUUAUAUCGUCAUAUACAUCCGGCUCAUUCUGGAAUAGUAAUUUCCUUAUAGUGGCAACUGAAAAUGAAACUGUCGUAAAUAUAACAAUUAAUACAGAGAGUAGUUUACCUAUGACGGUGUCGAUGAAUAACAUGGAUACCUAUUUCUAUGACUCACAAAAAGACUUAAGUGGUUCAAUAGUCAAGAGCAAUAAACCUAUUGCAGUAUUUUCUGGACAUGAAGCUACAGCAGUGCCAUAUGAUUGUUAUGAUAAACAUUUUAUGGCUGAGCAACUGCUACCUAUAUCGACGUUUGGUCGCGAGUUUAUUGUUCCUCCAAUGCCACCUAAAUCGGGAUAUGUAGUCAGAGUAUACGGAUCAGAACAAAAUACAACAAUUAGUUACACACUUACUUUGAGAAAUGAGAAAAGACAACUCCGGAUUCCUGGUCAGUUUCAUGAAAUUCUUGGUGAGGACAAGCCACUCAAAAUUUAUGCAAGUAAACCAGUGCAAAUGGUACUUUACAGCACAUGCUAUUCAUUUGACAGUGCUUAUCAUAUUGGGGGAUCUACUAUGGCUAUUAUUCCUGCUACGCAACAGUAUGCAAACACUUACUUCUUUACUGUAUCCCCAAUAUUUGGUAACACUGAUCAUUACGUCGCCAUUAUGGCAAAAUAUAGAAACAUUGAAGAUGAUCUGCGAAUUAACGGGAAGCGAUUUCAAGAGAACGUUCAAAGUAACGUAAUGACAUUUUAUAAAGACACUUACAUUGUAAGCAUAUACAAAAUUCAUGUUGGCGUUUAUAAGCUGGAACACGUGAAUGGACUUCGAUUUGGAGCGCUGCAAUAUGGAUUUGGGGGCAAUGGAAAAUCUUACAGCAAUGUUCUAGGGCUGGUUACUGGAGCCGAUGGACUGACCUGCCUACAAUGUAAUGGUAUAAGCAUAACAAAACCGUGCAACAGAGUUACCAAAUGUGCUCCAGGACAGGUUUGUUUGAUUGAGAAAUUCAUAACUCAUUACGGACAAAUUCUGUAUAAUAUGGAUUGUUCAGAUGCCAAGUGUACGUCCACCAGCCGGCCAGGGUCCACUCCAGUUUGCCAGUAUUGUUGUGACAAUGACCUCUGCAAUUCAUAUUGCAACGUGACAAAUCAUGUUCAACCUGAAGUAACAGUAGUUGGUUGACCAAAUCAACAUCGUGACGGCUAAGACAUUCCAGUUUGAUUCGACAGCAUGCAUGUAUAAUAACUAUGGUGUAUGAAUACAUUCUCAUUUGCAAUAAUUUGUUUGUUACCUUU